AUGGCUCCUGCACGCAACAGUGUGCUAGUGCUACUUGGCCUUGCAAUCAGUAUCCGUGCUGCACCUGCUGGCUUUCAAGAGCGUCAAGUAGAGAUAACUCCACCUCAGCAAAGCGUCUCAUGGGAUACUGGAAAUCCGGAGCCCACUGAGGGCCCCUACGAGCCUGUCAAUCCACCAAAGCCAACAGACCAGAUCAGCCUUGGAAAACCGUCAUUCUGGAUUAGCUGGGAGACUAGUGAGCCUGAACCGACACCCGAACCUGAAUACCCCCCGCCAAAACCGAGCGACCAAAUCAGUAUUGGUAAUCCAACCUAUAGCAUCAGCUGGGAUGGAGAAGGCCCGGGUGCAUCCUCGACGCCCACUCCUGUGCCCACACCCACACCAAAACCAACUCCAGAGUACCCAUCCGUUACAUCGUCACCAUCUGUCUCGAUAAGCUCCAGAAAGUCGACUUCGUCCACAAAGGUUUCUUCGACCAGAAAGCCAGGAUAUCCUCCUUGGAACCCGUGGCCACCAAGACCAACGACUUUCAAAUCCACAACGAGGCCCAAACCGUCGUCAACCCAGCCAACAUCAACAAAGGAAGUACAAACCAGCUCACCGCCACCCCAGUAUAGCAUAAGCUGGAACAUGGAGCAACGUGAUGUUAAGCCUACGUCUACAAAGAAGCCAAAGCCUACCCCGACUCCUAAGCCUACGUCCAAGGUGACUCCCAAGCCAACGUCCAAGGUAACUCCUAAGCCUACAUCCAAGUCCACACCCCCAUCAACUUCAAAAGCCACACCUAAACCCACCCCAACAUUCACUUCAAAAGCCACCCCUACUCCUACUCCUACCCCUACCCCCAAGCCUACACCAACCCCAGCCCCAGAACCCGACACCACCUCCUACGCUCCCCCCGACAUCACCCUCGGCCCCCCCAGCUUCAGCAUAAGCUGGGGAAAACGCUCACCAGAACCUACUUCUGCCCCCUUCCCCGAGGACGACUCCGAGGAUCCCUUCCCCGAAGACGACCCCUUCCCAGAAGAAGAAGAUCCAGACUUCCCCCCACCCACCAUCCCCACCCCUCCUCCCAACGAAAUCAGCAUUCAACCCCCGACCGCAACCGUCAUCUGGGGCAAACGUCAAGAUGAGGAUGAGGACGAUGAUUUCCCACCUCCAUCUAUCCCAAGUCAAGUUAAUAGUGUGGGGGUCGAGCAACCUACUGCAACGGUGAUUUGGGGGAAGAGACAAGAUGGAGGUGAGGAGGAUGAUGAUGAUUUUCCGCCGCCGUCCAUCCCGAGUCAGGUUAAUAGUGUGGGGGUUGAACAACCCACUGCGACGGUGAUUUGGGGGUGA